AAAAUGUAGGAAUAGAAAGAACUCUUACUGCAACUUUUGUCAAUUCAGGUGACACAGCUCCAAAAUUACCUUUCCACCAGGAUUGUAAAGCAGCUAAAAAUACACAAGCUCCACCUAGCAGAUAA